AUGCCAAGACUAUACAUAAUAGAUUGGGCUGGAAAUCCGGAGGUUGUCCGGCCCCAGCCCUCGCACUGUCCCACCCUUCACCACUCCCACCGUCACCACCCGCAAAGCACGAUCGCCAGCUUACGACGACAAGAACAGCAACUACCGAAUCAGCAACGACGAUGGACAACGGCUGGAACGAGCGCAUCCCUCCCCCCCCGCCCAGCCACCCCGCCAAACAGAAACCACUUCAUCCCGCGCAGCCCCCACCCCAUCCCACUCUCCCGCUCGCCCAGCCCGAUAGCCAGAGACGACAUCAUCGAAGGAAUGUCUGCCUCGACUGGCUCGAUCUUCGAACGGGACGUCGAGCACUUCGACGCCAGCCUCACCGCACAGGAAGCCAUCCAGCUCGCCGUGCCCCCCGUGCUCGACGAGGCCAUCGAAGCCCUCGCCACCGUCUCCCCAGAGAACAUCCUCGUCGACCAGAUGCCGCUCCAAUACCACCUCUUCCACUCCAGCUUGCCACCCAACCCCAUCCAUCCACCAGCAUCGCCCCCGCCCAAUCCACUCCCCACCCCGGCGUACCCAUUCCCCCAGCUCAGCCCCUCCCCGCCGUCCAGCUACCCUCCGAUCCCCCCUCGUCUCCACCACCAAACCCUGAGCUGCACCUCGGACACUGCUUCGAUCAGCGAUCCCAGCUCCCCCAGAAGCCUCAGUCCAACCCCAUCCUUCAAGAUCGGCCGCUCCAUGGUCACCCAACUCACAACUGAUCUCGACGCCAUCGCCACCAACCACCCCGCCGAAAUCAGCAUGUCAACCAACGCUCUCUUGAAGAACAAGGAGAAGAACGAAUCCGCUUUCCUUCCAGCCGCCCACUCGGGCGGUGGAAGAAAGCUGCGGCAACGAAAGACGUGCAUCAGCUUUAUGAGCUAUGUCGACGUCCUCAACUCGGAACGAGCCGACCAAUCAUCAGCAGAUCCGGCAGUCCCAUCCACCUCGGCCAUGAACGCCUUGAGGAUGGCCAGAAAAUCCACAUCCUCACUCGUCAAGCGCGCCUCCUCCAUCUUCUCCAACUCCCCCCGGAUCCGAUCAUCCACUAAGAACAACAACAACAACAACAACAACAACAACAACACUCUGCUGAGCAGUAGCCCCAACGAAAACCUUGGCAAAGCCUGGGUCAACCGCACUCGGAGUAGGUGCACGAGCACUCAGACUACCUACCACCAACCUUCUCCUUCCCAACCAUCCGCCCCCAAUCAUCUGCUCCCUCUCGACAGGGAAGAGGCCGAGGCUGAGGUCCUGGGUGAGCUCAACUGGAACUGA